AUUCGUUUACAGGGCUUUGGCUCCACCUGGUACGGCCUUGCAUUCGUAGACAGUGACGUCAACAUAGAUAUUAGCUGGUUUCGUCCCAAUAGUGCCAACAAAAAAUGGCAAGUCCAUUCUGAAGCUGGUCCUGAACAAGAGGCUUUAGUUCCAUCAGAGCUCAGAUCUGAAUCCGAUUUAGAAGACGGCUCGUUGUUAGAAGUAAAUGAUGCGAAAUCGUUGCAGGACUCUCUGGAUUUUGCUGAAACGGAUGAAGACACAACACUGCACAGUUCUAUAGCUGGUGAAGUAACUGAAGUCUUGCAAAAUUUCAAUAACAAGUUGGAUUUUGAAUCCACUUCAACCGAAGAAGCACUUGCAAAGUCAGUUGAAGAAGUAAAUCUUAACGAAAGUGAAAAUGAGAGUGAUAUGGAUAAUGCAGUGAGUGAUAGCCUUCUCAUAUUCCAUGUAUAA